UCUGUUUAUGUCGAAGCACAUAUUAUUAGUACGACGCUGUCAACUGAUAUAGCCUACUGAGCUUUAGGGUAAGAUUAGUAGACUUAAACAUGCCUUAGAAUGUAACGGUACUCAUGAUCUAAUAAAUCUUUCACGAGACAUUUGCGUAAAUGUGGGAUUGGACCAGCUGAAGUGAAGUUUCUUUGCGUGUUUUUCAGCUGCUCGUUGAAGUGUAUUGAGAUGGCGUCUGAGAAAAAGGACUACGACGAAGCUCCCAAGGAUCAGAAUGUAUUUUUUAGAAUCCUCAAUCUUCAAUCUGUCAGUGCUGCUUUGGAAUCCGUUGAGAGGACAUACACCUGCACGAAGCAGUCUCACCCCAUGAUCAAUUCUGUAUGUGGGCUGUAUGAGAAGGGUGUGAGUAAGACUGCCAGCUUUGCAGUAUGGAGCAUGCAACCUGCCCUCCAUGUACUGGAGCCAAAGCUUGUAGCAGCCAACUCAAUGGCCUGCAAAGGACUGGACCGCCUGGAAGAGAAGGUACCGGCCUUGCAGUAUCCACCUGAAGAGUUGGCAGCAAGCAUCAAGGAAGUUGUGUUUUCAGCUGUGGAAACUGCCAAAGAUGGUAUCUUCAGUCCCCUCAAAUACACCUCAAACUCUGUGUUAAGCAUGGCAUCCAGUGGGUACCAGCAGAGUAAGAAUGCCUUAAGUGUCAGCAUGCAGUAUGUCAUUAACAGCAAGCCUGUCUGCCUGGCCGAGCAGAGAGCCGGCAUGGCACUGACUCUGACCGAGAGCCUGGUUGACUACAUCCUUCCUGCAUCCUCUGAGGAGACAGAAGAUGAUGGGAGAGUGGGAGAGCCAGAGCCUGAUUUUGGAACUUCUGUCUCAAAGCCAAGCCUUAGCAGACUGGGAGCGCUGGCGGGCACUGUCUACAGACGUGCUUUUGAGAAGAUAGCUGCACAGCACCAACACACUAAAAGUCAAGGUCAGGAACUGGUCACAUGCAUCCCUGGCGUGACUCCCCUGAGUUAUGGGGUGCAGAGCCUGGUCACUAUUGUGGCUAAUGUUAAGAAAGCCCCUCAAACCAGCUUCAACCUGGCAAAGAAUGGAAUCGGCAUCAUCGUGAGGUCCUUUGGCACAGCCUGGGAGAGAGCACUCCACAACUUUCCUUAUUAUGGGCUUCUUUCCAGGCAAUCCUCCAAGCCAGAAGGAGGUUUCGAAUCUAUAGAGAAAGAUGGAGUAGAAAAAUGUCUGUGUGGCUCCCUGACACUGAAAUCUAUAGGCGCUGACCACUUGCACAACUCCACUAACUACUCAGAGAAGCAGGCUCUUAAGGCUAGAGAGCCCAAGGAGAUAUCAGAGGAGACUCGCCUGAUGAAGAAGAAGGUCUUGAAGCAGAUUCCUAUGCAGCAGAAAGUGGUUCUUGGGGGCCGCAGCAAGAACAUACCCAGCCACAGCCCCUUUAAGAAGGGUCAGUCAGAUCACAUCCAGAUCUCCUCCUCUCCUUACACUCGCACAGUGCAAAACACCAGGAAUACUGCCCCCACGGCAGAGUGAAAAUGGAGCAUUAUUUUUAGGCCACAAUUAGACAAGUGAGGCAUUGUUGAAAAUAUUGAGAACAUGGAAGUCCUGGCUUAUAAUUGCUAAAAUGCUGACAGAGGGGUAGCUCAACCCCUUUACAAAUGCAAAACGCAACAGUUAGGAAUCUACUUAUUGUUACAUAAUGUAUGGAGGCUCUGAAUGGUGCUUUCCUUUGCAUUUGGUUGCGGUACAACAAUCACUCUGGAGUAUUAAUAUAGUUUAGUUAAAGAAACAGUGUGACUUCAAGCAAAGCAUAACUAAGCAUUUAUGAUGGAUGAAAUAGGAGAAAUUAUGAGAUAUAGAAUAAAGAAAUCUCUAGCAUAAUUUGUGACUGAUUGUAUAAUACUAACUAAUUGCAGAAAUGGCGCAAAGCUUAUCAGUGUCUAGGGGCACAGGCUUAGUUACUUUUCAAUUGUAUUUUUAUUGUAGCAACACAGUCACAGGCUUCAGUUGUUGAUUAUAAAUAUGAAAAAGUUGAUUUUGCUUCUAAAAGGUAGGACAACUCUUUUCCCAUCUAACCUAAAAGUCCUAUGAAAAACCAAGGUGUGACGAGUGGAAUAGUGUUUUUUCUCCAUUAAACCUGUGUACCACUAGUCUCACAAGUGAAAAUAACUUUUAAAUAGGAUUUGCUACCAAUCAUAUAUAAAUAUAUAAUUUUUUUUCAAUGAAUCUGUCUAGAGAAAACAACCCAAUUAAGAAUAAAUUUAAUGAAGUGUACUAAUUGAAUACUCUAAGUUAAAUUAUAAUCCUCACAGUCACAGCUUUUAAAAUAUUAUGAGUGGAUUCCUUAGGUAGAAUUAUUAUGUGUGUUUAAGAUAUUAAAAUUGGGCACAGGAAUAAUUUUUUUUCAAAAUUACAAAAAAUUACACACUUUAAAUGAUUAAAGCAGUAGUCUCAGUUAUAUUAGACCAUUUUACGAUACUUACAGCAUACUUUAAGCCUGUGUCACAAGUGCUAAGUGUGUCAAGCAUUGAUGUUUAAUUUUUGUUAUAAGAAUAAACAAUAUUGUCAUCAAGGCUAUGCAUUAA